AUGUCGCAGUUUCAGCAGCAGCAGAUACCCGCGGCCGGCCAACAUUACAGUGGCCGGAACCGCGUUCCCAAUGUCAAGGAGUUUAUGGACCAGCUAGAUCAGAACAAGAAGCAACGUGAUGCUCAAAUCGAAGAACAACUCAAGCAGAACAAGAUUCAUGGAGAGACAAAGGAUCACAAACAAGACAGAGCCGAAGCUAUUCGACAGCAAAAGGACGUUCGCACUGUCCGCGAUCCGGUUACAGGAAAGGAUGUCGGUAUUCGAGACGCAGAUAUGGAUUUCGAGGAUGCCGUUGAUAACCCUCAGAUGUCAGUUCCCAACGAGAACUUAGGAAAACCCACCACCGUUGCAGUCUCUUCAAAAAUGUCUGGAGAGGAGUAUCGUUACGCUCAAGAUGUUACUGCGCCCCCAGACCCCGUUGAGACGGGUGCGACAUCUGAUGUACCCAUUCGAAGUGAGAAGACUUCUGUCGUGUUCUACAAGACCCCCUCGGUCAGCUACGAACCAAUGUUUGCCAUUCUUGAACAGCGCACCAAUGUCUUGUGUGCCGGUAUCUUCUGCGCGAUUGUCUUCAUUGGAAAGAUGUUUGGCGGUCGUCUCCUAGGUCUCAUCCCUCUGGGAUUCUGUGUUGCAUCAGGCGUUUUCCUCUGGACCAAGGAUUUGAUUCGCCAAGGUCGAGAUCUCGAAUGGUCAAGCGAGCAGGAACGUGGCGAGACUGCCACUGCGAACCUGAUCCCUGAGUCCGUUGAGUGGAUGAACACUAUGUUGGGAAUCAUGUGGGGUCUCAUUAACCCUGAGAUGUUUGCAGGAGUUGCCGAUACUCUCGAAGACGUUAUGGCUGCCUCCGUUCCUGGUGUCAUUGAGAACGUUCGCGUCGCAGACAUCUCUCAGGGCAACAACCCCAUUCGUAUCCUCAGCAUGCGCGCUCUUCCCGACUCCCAUGUCCAAGAUAUCAAAGAUGAACAGCACCGACAGAAUGAAAAGACUACCGACCCCGAAGAGCUUGCAGCCAACGAGCAAGCUGGUUCCUUCUACAAUCUCGAAGUUGCCAUCGCCUACCAUGCCAAGCCCUCCGGUGGAGAUAUCGCCUCCAAGGCUCGCAACAUGGGUAUGCAGCUGGUGUUCUAUCUUGGUGUCAAGGGGCUUUUUGGUGUUCCGUUGCCUAUCUGGGUCGAGCUUCAAGGUCUCGUCGCAACCGCUCGAGUUCGACUGCAGUUGACCCCUGACCCUCCUUUCCUCAAGACCCUGACCUUCACACUCAUGGGUAUUCCCAAGGUUCAGGCCGGUUGUACACCAAUGAUUGAGAAAGGCGUUAAUAUUCUCAACCUGCCUCUGAUCUCCAACUUUGUUAACUGGGCCAUUGGCGCUGCUGCGUCGAUGUAUGUGGCGCCCAAGAGUCUGUCAUUGGAUCUCGGCAAGAUGCUUCAAGGUGACGACAUCAAGAAGGAGACUUUGGCUCUAGGUAUCAUGUUCGUUCGAAUCCACAAGGCUACUGGCCUCAGCAAGCAAGAUCACCGUGGUAGCAAGGGUGGUGGUUCUGAUCCCUACAUCACCAUCAGCUGGAGCAAGUUCUCCAAGCCCCAAUUCUGUACGCGAGUCAUCCAAGACGACCUCAACCCCGUUUUCGAGGAGAGUGCCGGUCUUCUUGUCACUGCAGACCUCCUCAAAGCCGACGAGCAGCUGUCGGUCGAGCUUUGGGACAGCGACAGGUCGUCUGCCGAUGAUGUCGUUGGCAAGGUUGAGCUCAGUAUUCAAAAGCUUAUCCAGCACCCUGGUAAAAUGUUCCCUCAGGUUUCCAAGCUUCGUGGUGUCAAGGCCGAAAGCGAGAUGCCUGGAGAGCUUCACUGGGAAGUGGGAUUUUUUGGAAAGACGCAAUUCCGUAAGGCUCUACGAACAGAUGGUCGGGAUCUCAAUCUUCCCAAAGAACUCGCAGACAAGCCUGAGCUUCAAGAGAACAAGGGCGCUAUCGACAACGCAGAGGAAGAUGCCGUCAUCCACACUCCUCCUGAUCCCUUGUGGCCUUCUGGUAUUCUGAGCGUUGUUGUUCAUCAGAUUGUUGGUCUGGAGUUGGCCAAUAUCAAGGGCUCUAAUGGAAAGCGAAAGGGUCGUGAGUACGAGCCAGCCCGCCCUGAAGCUGGUGAAGUAAAGGAAGAGCAAGCCAAGACUCUUCCCAGCUCAUACUGUACAAUUCUGCUUAACGAUGACCUGAUCUACAAGACUCGAACAAAGGUCGUUUCAUCUCAGCCUAUUUUCAACGCAGGAACCGAAAAGUUUAUCCGCGACUGGCGCUCUGCUAUUGUCACUGUCGCCGUCCGUGACUCGCGCAACCGACAGCACGACCCGCUUAUCGGUGUUGUUCCCCUCAAGCUGACCGAUAUCCUUCAAACCAGCAGCGAAUCGACUAGGUGGUACCCUCUUGAUGGAGGUAUUGGCUUUGGGCGCAUCCGUAUCUCGUUGCUGUUCCGUUCUGUCGAGAUUCGCCUUCCUCCCCCUCAGCUAGGCUGGGAUAUCGGUACUUUCGAAUUCUUGUCCAACGCUAUCACAACCACUGGAUAUGCUCCGGCCAACCAUGUCAAGCUUCGUUUCCGUACUGGAGGCUCCUCUGCCAGUAUUGGUAAGAGCUCAUCCACACGAGAGGCUGACGGCAUGUCUUUCAACGUUAGUGGGGAGAACGACAAUCAGCGUAUUCGACUUCCAGUCCGUCACCGUUACAGUUCGCCUAUCUUUGUGGAAUUCUAUCCAAGCGGCAAGAGGAACCCUGAUGCCUAUGCUGUCCUCUGGCUCCUGGAGCUGGUUGAUGGUGAAGCUAAGGAUUUCGACAUUCCCAUCUGGAGGUGCGACAAUGGCACACGACUAUCCCAAAACUACAUCACCGAAGAGAACUACAAAUCUGUUCCAGAUAUCGAGAUGGAGCAAGUUGGAAGACUCCGUUUCAACGGCCGUUUCUCCGCGGGAACCGAUUCUGAUCACAUCAAAUUUGCCAGCACGAAUGACGAUCGCGAAACCAUUGAGACCUGGGAAGCCUGUUACGCAGAAGGCGUGCGUCAGCAGGAUGUCGAGGCUGAAGUCCCUCCUGUAAUUCAGAAACUACAUGAGGAGUCUUUGACCCAUGGCCGUGAUGUUCUUGCUCAAGCCGACGAGAAGCAGAAGGAAAAAUGGCUCGCCAAGGACGGCACUGACUGGAGCGGAGCCUUUGGUGAAGACCCUUCGGCUAUGAUGUCGGGAGGAAGACACAGUCAGGACAGUGAAGAGUAUGAUGACUUCGAUGAAAAUGAUUCCGAUCCCGACCUUGGUAUCCAGGAUGGUGAUACUGAACCAACAGAGCCCUCCGAGAAUGGCCGCCGUUCGAUGGAUACCACAGGCACCAAUGCGACAAGUGCGACAGCCGAUUCUCAGGGCAGCUCCAGCAGCAAGAAUCCCAUCAAGAAGAUCAAGUCUUAUCGUUCAGACAGCCGCGACUUGCACCGAAAGCAUCGAGGUCUUAUGCAAUGGCGUCCAAUGCGCAACGUGCAGUUUGUCAAGGACGAAGCCAAGUUUGCGGUCCGAAAGGUGGCCAAGCUUGGAGCGCUUGAUGGCCGAAAGCCUGACGUCGAGACUGAGAUUUAUGCUGAAUCAGAUGAUCCUUUGGCCAGAGAUGCACAAACAAAAAGCCACGAACAAGAUCCAGUCAAGCGACAUUCAGAAUCUCUGACACCAAGUAGCCAGUCAAACUUGGGCGCUGGUUUGAAAAGGCUACCAGCAGACAUCAACGGUUACAGAGAGGCCAGCUUGGAAGAAGAUGACUUUGAAGCGCCAGUCAUGUCAGACUUGACGCCACGACCACGAGGAAGACCACCAAAGACGUUAUCCCAACCAGCUCAGGUCCCUAAAACGUCGGUGCCAAGUGAAACACGAACCGGUGCUUCCAGCGCUGCAACGUCGACAACACCGGCGCGGAAAAGAGGCAGGCCUAAAGGUUCACUAAAUAAACUGAAAAACGUCUCAACAGCCGCCGCUGGGCGGCAGGCCCGACAAGUCAAGCCGCGGCCUCACCCUGAUGGCUUCGUCGGCUUUCCUAAACGAAGAGGACGUCCCCCGAAGCUCCCAUCACCCCCUCCCAGAGAGCUUUAUUACAAGACAGACGUCCAAUUCUUCCCGUUUCUGUGUGAGUGGAUGGACUGCAAGGCUGAGCUACACAACCUUGAGACACUGCGGCGGCACGUCUACAUAGUCCACGGCGACUCUAUUGAGUGCAUGUGGGGAAAGUGCGGCCGUCUAGAGAAGCCUCCUGAAUUUGAAGAAGACGAGGCCUUCAAAGAGCACAUGGAGGAGACACAUCUAGUGCCCUUAUCAUGGCACGUUGGCGAUGGGCCAAAUAACUCUGGAAAGCAGAGCUUGCAAAGAAAAGAUGAUGACAAUAUACCGGACUACCUCAAAGAUGAGCACGGCAAUCAAGUCACGCCCUCGAUUCGGGAUCAAGAAGAGGAAGAUUUGUUAACGUGGAGAAAGAACCGCCGUAAGCUGAAGGAGCUGCUUAUCCGUAUGAACGAUAACCUCCCCGAUGAGCCUGGCGAAGAGGGGGUUACCGAACGACCAAAUGCUUGA